GCAGCGGCACUCGCGAGCGUUGUUUCGCACACUGGUAGCGCGGUACCGAAUCGCUUGGCGAGGGGCAGGAAGGGGCGAUAAAACGCUCUUUCUCGCUCUUUCUCUCUCCACCUCUCGCGGCACGGAGGACACAGAGGGAGAGAGAGACACCCACGUAAACUACGGACACUGCGCGCACAGGUACCGCGAGUAGGGGGAGGCCCGCGGGGUGUGUGUGCGUGCGUGUGUGUGUAUGUGCCGUGCGUGCGCGUGUAUUGUGCGCGCGUGUGUGUGUACGUUACGUGUACGCGUGCGCGCGCGACGAGUUCCCUUUUCAGUGCCUCGCGCGGAGCCGCCGCGACCUCGUCGUCGAAUCGCCACGUUCGCCGAAGGCCGAAGAGCAUAGUUAAUCGUCGGGUGGAGUGAUACGAGGAGAGGAGGAGAGUCCGCCGCCCGUUUCCGUGCCCACUCAGCGUCCCGUAUCAAUCAGAGCACUCUUCCCUUUUUCCUUCAUUUUAUCUUUUUUUUCCACCCUCGUUUUUUUUUAUAUAUAUACUUUUGUACGUACGCGAGAACCAACCUCGGCGCAACGCGCCGUGUCGAAUUACUACUCCGAGUGGGGAAAAAGUACUUGGCCGCGCCGUCCGCGAUUGACCUGUCCGCACCCCCUCGUCCUCUCGGCGCGAGUGAGUUUUGCGAGAGAGAAGUGUGAGAGAGAGAGAGGGAGAGAGAGAGAGAGGAGGCAGAGAGUUCCGUUUUCUCACGCGGAACUCUCGCGCUGUGUGGAUAAGUCGCGACAGGUGCGAGGAGGAAUUUAAAGGGAGCGACUACGGGACGUCGUCGUCGGGAUAGCGGAGAGACGUGCGACGUGUGCACCGUGGAGAAACACCACAUCCCCGGACAUUCACAACUUAUGUCUCGCAAGACGGUAGUCCGCGCGCGCUGAAAAAAUCGGCCGUCGGAUCGCGGAGCGUCGGCGGCGUCCGGCAGUUCCGUUAGCCAGGCAUAUACCACCACCCGGAACAAUCCCCCGCCCGUGGCAAGACGGCCGAUCGUGCGGACGUCCUCGGUGCUACCCCGGCGCGGCCGCUACGUGCGACGACAACAGCCCAAAGAUUCUCCCACCGAAGGCCAAGAUGCAUAUCGAGGUGCAGGUGGCGCUUAACUUCGUGAUAUCGUAUCUCUACAAUAAACUGCCGCGCAGACGAGUCAACAUCUUCGGCGAGGAGCUCGAGAAGGCGCUCAAGGACAAGUUCAAGGGCCACUGGUAUCCGGAGAAGCCGUUCAAGGGCUCGGCGUUCAGGUGCCUCAAGACCGGCGACCCAGUCGAUCCGGUGCUGGAGCGCGCCGCGAAGGAGAGCGGCGUGCCGAUCCAGGACAUCCUGGAGAAUCUGCCGGCCGAGCUCGCCGUCUGGGUCGACCCCGGUGAGGUGAGCUACCGCAUCGGCGAGCUGAACGCCGUGAAGAUCCUCUACUCGGAGACCGGCGACCCGCACGACGAGACCUCGGCCGAUCGCGAGGUCACCAAGACCUUCAACCCGGAGGCGCAGUGCUUCAAGCCGAUCGAGGCCGUGAGCACGUCCUUGAGCGGUCUCAGCCUCAGCCCGAAGUCAACCUCGCCGUUCUCGAGCUCCCUCGGCAGCAACGCCAGCAACGGCUCGUCCAACAACCAGCAGAACGGCCACGGAUCCGGUUCCUCGUCCGCGCCCUCACCCACGCCCAUCACCAGCUCCUUCAAGGGCUCGCCCAGCCCCGUACCGGCCUUCAUCCCGCGUACCACCGCCCCGCUCACCUUUACCACCGCCACCUUCGCCCAGACCAAGUUCGGCAGCACCAAGCUCAAGACUAGCAGCAAACGCGCCAACAGGAUGUCACCCACCGAGUUCUCGAACUAUAUAAAGCAGCGCGCAGCGAUGCAGCAGCAGAUUCACCAUCACCACCAUCAUCAGCAGCAACAGCAGCACCAGUCGCAGCAGCAGCAGCAGCAGCAGCAGCAACAGCAGCAGCAGCAGCAGCAGCAGCAACAGGCGACCGCGGCCGGCGCGGGAUUGCCGGUCUCGCAGAGCUCGCCGCGCAGUCGUAGCCUAUCACCCGGCAGCAUAGUCACCGGUGCUGGACAGCAACACGCGGACCCGAGCGCGUACUUCUUCCAACACGGCCCGGCCGCGGCCGCGGCGGCGUACCACGCGCAGUUCCCCCAUCGCAACAUUUUCGAUUCGUCGGCGAGCCACGGCGGCUACCUGCCGGCCGAUCUCUAUGCCGGCACCAAGUUCCCAUCAUCGUACCUCGACCCGACCACCCUGGCCGGCCAUCAGUUCUACGGCGGCGGCAUGAACGGCACCGGCGCCGGUACCGGCGGCGCCGUCAACGGCACCACCGGCGCCGGGGCCGGUACCCAGGGUGCCGGUAGCGCCGGCGCCGGUAACCUCGGGCCAAUCGGCUCCGCGACGACCAACGGCAACGUCAACGCCGGCGCGGCCGCCGCGGCGCAGCAGCAGGACAAGAGCGCCCUGGUCGAGGGCCUCAACAACUUCGGCCUCGGCUCGGUCGCGCCCUAUCCGGCCAGCCAAUAUCAGCACCUGCUCGUGGCCAACUAAUACCUCGCGCGUGCACAUCAAGUCGUAAACAAAACCGCCACCGCGUCCCGUGGCGGCGGCGGUGACAGCGUUCUCGUUCUCGGUGCCGCUGGCCCGGCGGCGUACAAGAAGGAGAGAAGGCCGUCGCCUCCGAGGCUCCGUCGUCGAGACGGAGUUGUCCAGAGUCCGGCUUCCUGAAGACGAACGUCCAUCAGUCGAGUCGGUCCCACUCUAUCUCUCCUCCCUUCAUCAGCCGGUUACGGUUCGCGUAAUCUACUUGUCCUCUCCCGCGAUUCCCAUCCAGACGCUUCUCAGAACGCUCUUUCGUUCGAUCUUUCCUAACUCAAGGAAUCCAAGAUACUAUGUACAUAUUAUACAUUAUCGAUAGCUACCGAUGAAUGGGGGUGAGAUAGAGAGCAAGCAAAGAAAGAGAGAUGACCGCCGAACGAUCGGCACCGAUAACGAAAGCGAGAUGAGAAAAAAAAGGCGCGAUAGAACGGAGAGAAAGAGAGAUUAGCGUGUGCGUGUGGAGACGAUGCCUGGUUCUGAGGUACGCCUGGUUGCGAGAUAGCGUGUGCGUGCAGAAAUGUUUUAGGCGUGGAGAAGAGAAGAGGAGACGGAAGGAAGCGGCUAACGGCUAACGAGAGCGUGUAUGUGUUAAAACCCGAUAAGGACUCGAUUGGCGAUGGCGCGAGACGCUCGUUCGAGACGGAAGCCAUCGUGUGGCUACUUGUGACACACAUAUACCCACAAAAUAUAUACACACACACACACACACAAAUAUACACGCGCAAAGGUAUACCGCAUGCAUGUAGCGCAUUCGAACGACGCGUCGAGCGCGCAUCUGGGACGGUAGACACACUCGACACAUUAGUAGGGAUAUAUAAGCACACAACACACAGAUAUACAUAUUAUACCGAUCUUCCCUUAUAUACAUCCCAUACAUACGAACUCACACGUAGAUCAACCACAUACACAUGUACACACACAUCACAUGCGAGCAUCAUCCAUGCACGAGACAUACACGUACGAUAUUAACGAAACAAAAAAAAGAAAAAGAGGAAAACCACAUAUACGCGACACUGAUACCCACACAGAUAUUACCAACGUGUAAUAAUUUAUUUUUUCACUGGUAUAUAGUCGGAGAAUUGAAUAAUGAAUAUAUAUCUGUAGAGCCUAUGUAUUAUAUUCAAGAUGCACUCACUCUUCACCGGGUUCUCGCGAAACGGUAGGAACUACACACUUGUCCCCCAGCUCGUGUCGCGAGCGAGCCGUCGGUGUUUGGGAGAUCCGUGGCCACGAUAAAAGAUCGAUAAAGGUAAGGUGUCUUCCAAGUCUUUUUCUUCUCCCCGUCGAUCGAGCGCCGAUACGAGGCGACGCGCGGCGCCGCGUGUCGCUUCGUUUCGCGCGAGAUUCGCGGUCGGAUAUGCGAUCCCGAACGAACGCGGAAAGCUAUUCAGGCACUAAAUACGUAAAGCUCUUUAAAACGAGCUGAAGAUCGGAUCGCGGAUAGCUUUCCCCGCGCGGAGGACCUUUACAAGAGAAAACAAAAAAACUAAAAAAGAAUCUACGGAAGACGGCCCGUUCACUCGCACGAGACGAGUAAAUAAAACGAGAAGGAACAACGCGAUCAAGGAACGAAGGAUCGAUCCUUCCGCGAGUAUAGUGAUAAUGUAGAGAAAGAGAGAAACGAGCUCGCAGUUUUAUACCGUUCGGAAAACUCGUCCUCGGUACGAUUUUACAUUUUAUUUUUAUAAUAAAUGCAGUAGAAUGUAGGAGAAAUCGAGAGCGCGAGAGAGAGAGAGAAAGAAAGAGAGAAAGAGAGUGCAGCGAGUGAUGUGCAAGGAGAGGAGGAGAAGUAGAAGGCGAGAUAGAAAAAGAGCCAGCCGGUGUGUUCGCGAGGGACGUAAGUGGCCUCGUUGCACAGGCCCCUCGAUAUUUGCUCGGCUGCGCCUGCGAGCUGGUCCCCGCCCGCCCGUCCGCCGCAGAAAAACCAUCGGGAAUCGAUUUCCUUUCGAGAUAUUGCCUUUCGAUUUGACAUCCGGAGUCGAUGACCCUCCGAGCUGUCGGGGGGGAGGAAACCUCCUCGAAUCGUUAAACCUCGGCAAUACGCUCCUCGCCGCUACGCGUUUAAACUUUGAACCCGGAAAUUCUUUCUAAUUAUUUUCCGAUCGCCGCCGCGCACCGCGAAGGCUCUGCGAAUCGUUCGUAAAUAAGAACAAGUCUACGAGCAGCUGAUAAGAUCUUCGUCGAUUAAUUGAGAUAAAUUACCGUGAAUGUGAAAACAUUAAUUAGUGGUUUAACGAUUGAUUUGUAGCGUAAUCGAUCCCUUUCGAUAGUAUAUCUUUUCUCAAUCGAGCAGAGCUUUACGAUGUUGAGAAAAAGAGUCAAGUACAAAGAUAACGAGAGUCAAUCACAGAAGUGGGGAUGAAUGGCGGGCGGGAUAUAUUGUUAGUUUCGAGGGAGCAACGUCGUCGCUUAGCGUUCACGAGGUUAAUUAGGUGAUUACGUAAAAUUAAAAGGCCGCGCGUUAUUGUCCUUGUCGGCGAGGCGACGGGCUCGUCCGGUUUCAAAAAAAAAUAUCGAUCUUUACUUUCAAUGUAUUAUGAUUAAGACAAGCACUAAAUUUUCAUGCAGCUAUUUUAUCUCCCCCGGAGUUUAACGAACCUACUUUAAUGAUUUUCUAAAGAGGCUUGGCUUUCGCGAUUUAACUUUGGCCGGCACGACCUGAACUGCAGGGUGUUCAUCGUAAAACGCUACCGUAGCUUCGCUUCGUAAUGCUACGUCACUUUUUAGUGUAAAGUAAAUAUUUAGAUAACGCUUUACAACGAAAAUUCCACUUUCGUCAGUCAGAAACCGUCUUCCUUUCUCAAAAAUAGCCUACAAAAGGAGAGAAUUACAGGUCGCGUUUUAAAAUAAGCACGCUCCAUGUGUUCCGUGUCGUAGCUUCAAAAUCGUUCCGAUCCAUCUCUAAGUACAAACUGCGCGCGAUUGUUCCGAUCUUAUGUACUUUGAAUUAAUUCGAUAAUAUGCCUCGUAAUUUUUAAAAUAAUGAUUACGCCAAUCCUCGAGACGAAAAUAGUAACGUUCUCGUACGAAAUUUGAUAAUUACGUGAAAAUUUCACGUAAAUUAUUAUUUCGCGAUAAAUCUCCCGUCGUUUGCGUCUUCUAGCCAUAGAAACGUGUAACUUGAUUCGCGAAUCAAUCGUGGCGGCCGAGCCUCGCCGACGAGUAUCCCGCGACUAUCACACGUGACAGUGACGGCGGCGGAGGUGCCGCGAGCCGCGGGCCGCGGGCACUAGGUGCUAAAAGUAUUCAAAAGUGUUAAUCCUGUAGCCGUGGGACAAAGUGCAAGGAUAUACGGGCCCGAGGACAAUCCGGAGACCACAGACGCCGACUCUCGAUCCGUCUCUCACCGAUCAGCCGCGUCCGCGCGCGUCCUGUCCUUAGACACUAAUUUCUACGACGUUCUCGUAGCCGUAACGUGUAAAUGUUCUAGCGCGUAAUUUCUAGGUAUGUAUGUAUGUUUAGUCGUUCUUUCUUACGGACUUUUGUAUAAGCCUUUUUGUAAAUUUAUCCUCGCGCUCGGCCGCGGCCGUCGAAACGAGAUCGAUGCCGGACGACCUUCCCUUAACCGGAAACGCAUUCGAAACGAAGGAUUCGGGGCGAGUUCGUGAUUUGUAAGAAUCUUAAAUCUUUAAAUCUUCGGGGAUCGUACCUAAAUAAUGGACUUGCAUCUCACUUACCGCGCCGAAACUUUCGAUCUCGUCGGUCGCGAAUCUCGGGAAGCUGAAGAAUCGUUUUUUACACGAUACCUCGGUCCAAAGCGAAAGCUGUAGUUGGAAAUUUAGUCAAGUUGCGUCGGCACGAACACUCGGGGUUUGGUCGGCGGGAUUGGUGGUCUCCGGAUACGGGUCGGGGGGUGCGAAACAAGUUUUAAAUCGUGGAAACUAACUACUAAAGUAGACGUUGGAAAGACGCUGAAGAACAGAACCCUUUAGUAAUAUCUAAACUUAAUUGUAACUAUUAUAACGAUACGUACGACUGUGGUAGCUAUGCUAGUACCUGCUAUUGUUAAAGAGAAAGUGAUGCGAAUAAGGUAGGGACGACCGAAGGACCGGAGGGGAUGCCGCUGGAAAAAUCGAACUACAGCAUAGUGCCUCAGUGCGUGUCGACAUUCGCUCACGUGAUUUGACUUCUACAUAUGAUUUUUCUGCAUCACAUGUGGCCGCAAGUAAUAUUUUAUGUUUCACUCGAUCGAUUUCGAUCAUUUUAUCAAUUAAAUACAUUCACUUUGAUUACUAAAGUUACAAAAAAUAUUUGAAAAUAUUAUGAAUUUACGAAUAAUUAGUGACUGAAAGGAGGUCAACAUGUUUUUUUUUUUAAAUUUGUAAUAUUAAUUUUACAAAUGGACUUGUAAAGUUACUUGUAACUUAUUUUCCUUUCAAUGAUACGCACUCGAGUCAUUGUGCAUCGAGACAAGUUUCGCACCGCGUUCUGUCAAUGAGCCUCGCAAAACUAGAUCCAAAGUCUAUCUUACGAGUCUUGUUUUUUUCGCGUCGAUGUGCAGGCGCUCCUCGUUUCCGUCGCCCCGCGCGAGAUCCUACGUCGCGAUCGCGUCUUGUCAGAAGAACACACAAAUGACGUUGUUUAUUCUUGUAAUUUUUCUAAAUCGUUCGCGCACGAUCGGCUUCACAAGCGGCGCGGAUUUUUCACCUUGUGGCGGCGAAAAUCAGAUCGGAAAUCCAUCGGUUGUGUUUUUCGCAUCGCGAUCCGGAAUAAAAAUAACGUCUCGCACGCGAGGGGAAAUCCCGGACGGGCAUACGAGAAAGGGAAAGAGAGAGAACUCUUUCUCCGUGAGAUCGCGAAAGUUUCGACAGCCCGCGGUCGCACAUCGCUGACAGCUGAGGCAGCUGGACGUAGGACAGCGACGACGAUGGUUGAAGCCGAGGAGGCGAUGAAAGGAAGUCGCCGGGCGGAAACUUUCGAAAUCAUUGCGACCGCGGAAAACUUCGCAGACUUUAAACGGGUUUCGUCCGGACUUUCGAAUGGCACUCGAAUGCGAAUAACGCGACCGACCGGGUCGGCCGGGCGGCGCGGCGUUUAUAAAAGUCGACGACUUACGGUCGGGUACGCGGUCCGAAAGUUUCGCGCUCCGACGAAUUCCAGGGGGCGACGGAAACGGAGGUGGCGGAAGGAGAAGACGGAGCGCAAAAUGCGAAACGAUGAGGGUAGAGCGAGGGAACGAAAGAGAGAGACGGAGAGCGGAAAAGAAUGGCAACUCAAUGCAAUAAGUCGCGAAUCAAAUGGAUCUCGGCUUGAGACGAGAGGCUCAGAUUAGCGAAGAAUCAAACACGAUGUAUACUCUUCAAAACAAACAAACAAAAGUGAAACUAAAGAGACGAGAGAAUAAAGGGGGAAUACUAAACUAAGAGGCGCGCGCGCGUGCGCGCGCGUAUAGUGCGCAGCGGGGCGCGAAUAGGGCGGCGCGAAUCAACGUGAAAGAGUAAGGGAGAGAAAGGGAGGGAGAGAAAGAGAAGUUAAGUGAAUCUAAUUAAUACUGAUAGAGCAUACACAUUGAGAUACACAAAAAAAACAUAUAGUAUUAUACGUUUUACGAUACGAUUGUAAUGAACACUUUGUAUAAGCAAAGAAAAAAAAGUUACGCAUAGUUUUCCAUACCCCCUCCCCCCCGUAAUGAAUGUAAUUCGUUGAAAGGGAAAGUUCAGACAGCAAAUACACACUUAAGUACACACGGUCCAUAAAGUUACACACAGACGGACGGUCAAAAGGAGUUACACACGUACAAACGCGCGCAUACACACACAUACACAUACACACACACGUUCGAAGUGUCAUUCGGGUACACAUAAGAAUUAAUAAGACAAAAAAAAAAAGAAGUCAGUAAUCUGUCUUUAAAGUAUCAUGUGUCUAUAAACUAUAGCGAUUGAUAUUGUCUCUUAAAUAAAUGGCAAAAAAAAAAUACAAAUAACCGUGGUAACGUCGUGUAAGGUAGCGAUAAACAAACACUCUGCAAUAUAAUGACAUAAUAUAUAUUCUUACAUUUAUAACGACGGAACAUACGAGGGAUAUAUGUGACGAGAGCAGACUGUGCGGGAAGCCCGAAAGAUCGUGUAAAAUGCGCGUCGAGAGGAGUAUCGGAGGACGCCAUCGCGCGCUGCGUUGAAUCGGUCUCCUUCCCUCGGAAUCAUCCUGAAUGAGAGAGAGAGAGGAAAAAAAUAAUGGCGUGUUUCGAUACUGCUGGAACGCGCAUGGAGAUAUCACACGGAGACACACACAUACAUACACACGCACACACUCACACACAAAGUACACAAAGAGAGAUCCAAAAAAAAGCAACUAUCGAUUAUUCUACCAAGUAAAAUGAAUUAACAAGAGGAUGAUAAUUAGAUUUGUAAUUAAUUACAUAUAUAUUUUUCAAUACUUUAACUACUUGCUGAAUGUAAACUAUAUACAUAUAAUUAUAUAUAUUAUAUACAUAUAUUAUAUAUAUAUUAUAUACAUACACAUCUCUAAUUGCGCGCGAUGCCGCGCGCGAAAGGGUGAAGAAGGGACGCGGCGAUGAAAGCAGCCUCGCGGAGAAUCUCCGAGAGAACGCUGAGGGAGAAAAUUAAAAGGGUGAAAUCCGAGGAGGAUCGCCCGAGAAAUGCCCGGACGAUGGAGGCUGAAAUAAUGGCCCUCCGAUUUUUUUUUUUUUUCGGUGUCUUCCGGAAGACUUUCGGCGGCGUCUCUCAUCGGCGUGAUCGCUCGCUUCCGGCUCGGCCGCGGCUUGCAAGGAGAUCGAAAGGAAGAGCAGCGAAAACGUAAACAUCCGGAGGGGGUGAAGGGGAAAGGAGGUAAAAAAAACCGCGAGGGAGAUUGCCUUUCGUCGCGUCGCGAAUCACGCCGAGCGGAAACGAGCGAUGGAUAUCCCUUCUUCGGCCGCUCCCUUCGGGGAGACGGAAGAGUUUCUGCGAGAUCUUUUUGUACCCCACCCAAGUUACACUCUCGGUGUCGAAAAAAAAUUACGUUACACUACGUGUAAGUGCAUCCUAAAUGUAACUGUUAAUUGCCCCUACUCCAAAGCCCCCCCCAACCCACGCCAUUUGUAGAGAGAAGAAAAAUCGUGAGUGUGGGGGAGAGAAAGAGAGAGAAAGAGAGAGAGAUGCGUGUAAGGUAGAGCGAUUGGCUGUGCGAAUUAACUAUAUUGUAGUGCGUGCAUGUGUAUGUGGGAGUGUGAAGACACGUUCGUUCGCCUUAGUUAAUUUUUUCCUGGGUGCAAAAUGGAAAAAAAAUUAUCCUUUCGAAUGAUUUUUGCACGCCUACGAUUGUUAUGUAGAUCGUACACUUAUGAUUAUUACUAUUACGAUUAUGAUUAUUAUCUCCACCCCUUAGACGAAAAAAAAGAGAGACAGACACACUGCGCGCCUAUAUAUAUAUCUGUAUAUAGGUCUUUUUUCACCUCAGCUUGUUUUAUUUCUUUUUUCUUUGUCCGUUUAUUUUUCUUUCUCUUUUUUUUACAUAGUACAUAUAUAUAUACAUGUGUUAGAGAUGUAUUUUCUGUUGGCUCGUUAGAUUUUGUUCCUUUAUUUUUGUACGAAGACGCAACAUCGGCGACGAUGCCGUCGUUGAUUUUACCUAUAUAUGUAAUAUAUACAUAUAUACAUAUAUACAUAUAUAUAUAUAUAUAUACAUACACAUAUAAAUAUUAUAAUUGUAGCUCGCUUAUAAGAUUAUCGUUCAACCCUUCUUUUGAUAUAGUUUGUUAUUGUUGUUUUUGUAUGAUAUUUGAUUAUAUAUACCGGCGCACGCGUGUCGCGCGUCAGAAAUAAUAUAUAUAAAUAUAUACUACCAUAUUAUAUAUAUAAUAUAUAUUUUUGUUAAUAAUACAGUGGUUUGAUAACUACAUUAGCCUGUUAAUAAUGAAUUUGUUUCUCUGUUUCUUACGGCCCGUGAAUAUACAUAGAUAGACACACGUGCAUAUACAUAGAUAUAUAUAUUAUACAUAUAUACAUACCUAUAUAUAUAUAAAUAUCGAUUAUAUAUAUAUAUAUACAUAUACCGCUACAUUAUAUUUUGUUUAACAGUGUGACGAAGCGACAAUGAAGCGUUUCUUGAAAUUUGUCGAGCGACUUUACAAGGGGCUCCGACACGAAAUAUUGAAUAUCGAAACUCGCGUGUAAUAUAACUUAUAAUAUCAUUUUGUAAAUUAUUUUUUGUAUUUUUAUAUAUAUACAUAUAUAAAUAACGAAAGCAUACAAAAGAGAGUCGCGGAACAGUGUUAUGCGCACGACGAGAAAUCAAGAGAGUUUGAGAGCGAGAGAGAAAGAGAGAGCGAGAGACACCGAGCGAGAGAGAGGGAGAGAAAGGAAAUGAGAGAAUGCGACGGAGACGAGAGAACGUUCAUGAUGAAAGGAAGAGAAAAGGAACAAAAAAAAAAAAAGAACCGCGUGACGCAUUAAUUUAUAACACUGACGAUACUUAAUCAGUCGCUGACAGUCCUUUCGUUGAUCGAGAGCGGCGCCAAGAAGAUUAUUAUCCGAACGACUACGAGAAAUCGCAUACGGCGCGUAUGCGACGUUUGUAAAAAAAAAAGAAGAAACCGACACGAAUACACAUAUGUGCAUACACACAGACACACGGCGCAAAGUUUUAAUUUAAUACGACACGCCAGUCCCGAAGAUUGCGAUUUGUUCCCGAAGAAUUAUUUGUACCUCUCUGUAUGUAUUUUGCAGCUUGUCAGUGCUUUUUGUUCAUUAUUACAUUACCUUAUAAAUAAUUAAUUCAACCGUCUUUUUGUA